UUACACAUUUUGUACAUCAAUCAAUCAAAAUGAAAAUAUUCCUCUUCUUCCUUGCCCUAACAACCUUACAAGGUUUUUGCCUAGGCCAAAACUCACCACAAGACUUCCUCGAUGCUCACAAUAGUGCCCGGGCUCAAGUCGGUGUGGGGCCCUUGUCGUGGGACGAAAGCGUGGCGAAUUUCGCACGAAACUACGUGAACUCUAGGCUGGGAGACUGCAACAUGGUCCACUCUGGCAAUAGGCAAUACGGUGAGAACCUUGCCAAGGGCUCGGGCGAUUUCACCGGCCGUGCAGCCGUGAACUUGUGGGUGGGUGAGAAGGCUUACUAUAACUACGAUUCGAACUCAUGUGCUGGAGGCCAGGUGUGCGGCCACUACACUCAGGUGGUGUGGCGCAACUCCAACCGACUAGGCUGCGCUAGGGCUCGGUGCAACAACGGUUGGUGGUUCAUUUCGUGCAACUACGCUCCACCGGGCAACUACGUCGGACAAAAGCCGUAUUGAACGGACGCCUCUUAAUUAAUCAAUAGGGUCAAUGUUAAACUACAAUACUAAUUAAAUAAGUGGCCCUAUAUAUAUAUAUUUCAAUCAUGUUAUGUUGUGAAAGUUAUUAAUGUUUGUAUGAAUAAGAUGAUCUUCAUCUCAUGCUAGUACAAUUAUGAUGAAAUGUGAUCUAAGGAUGUGACUUUAUGAUCAUAAUUGUUCGUUUCUAU